GAGCCCGGAAGCACGGGGAGGGCGGGGGAGGCGCAGGGCAGACGCACCGACACCGAUUGGUGCCGACGUGGAGGCGGGGACGCCCGAACGGCCUCGGAGGAACCCGGGAGGCUCUGAGUGGUAAUCGAGGGGUAGACUAUGGCAGUGGGCGGGGUCAGCGCUGCACAUUCGCGGGGCGUUGACGGAAGUUCCCGAAGAUGCCCGAAGCCGUCGGGACGGACCCGAGUACCUCACGCAAGAUGGCGGAGCUGGAGGAGGUGACUCUGGACGGGAAGCCUCUUCAGGCGCUGCGGGUGACCGACCUGAAGGCCGCCCUGGAGCAGCGAGGCCUAGCCAAGAGCGGGCAGAAGAGUGCCCUGGUCAAGCGGCUCAAAGGGGCUCUAAUGCUAGAAAAUUUACAGAAACAUUCGACACCCCAUGCUGCAUUCCAGCCAAAUUCCCAGAUUGGGGAAGAAAUGAGUAAGAACAGUUUCAUAAAGCAGUAUCUGGAAAAGCAGCAAGAGCUACUUAGGCAGCGUCUAGAACGUGAAGCUCGAGAAGCUGCAGAACUUGAAGAAGCUUCAGCUGAGUCGGAGGACGAGAUGAUCCAGCCUGAGGGAGUGGCUUCCCUGCUGCCUCCUGACUUUCAGAGCAGCCUGGAGAGACCAGAGCUGGAGCUCAGCAGACAUUCGCCCAGAAACAGCUCCUCUUUUUCUGAAGAGAAAGGUGAAUCUGAUGAUGAGAAACCAAGGAAAGGAGAAAGACGAUCUUCCAGGGUCAGACAGGCAAGGGCAGCUAAACUCUCUGAGUGCAGCCAGGCUGCUGAAGAAGAAGAGGAUCAAGAAACACCUUCUAGAAAUCUGAGAGUCAGGGCAGAUAGAAAUUUGAAAAGAGAGGAUGAAGAAGAGGAGGAGGAGGAAGAUGAUGAUGAAGAGGAGGAGGAAGAUGAUGAGGGACAAAAAUCUAGGGAGGCACCAGUUCUGAAACAGUUUGAAGAAGGAGAGAAAGAGAAACCCAGAGAAAAACGAGAGGAAAUGAUGGAUGAGAAUCUUAACAUAAGAUCCCAAGAACAGCAGGAGGGUUUGGAGAGAGGAGGGCGAGUUACAAGAUCUCAGGAAGAAGCUAGAAGAAGUCAUCUGGCCAGACAGCAGCAAGAGAAAGAAGUGCAAAUGGCUCCUCCCCUUGAGGAGGAUAAAAGAGAAAUAAAAUCUUCACAGGGCUUGGAAGAGAAAUCCCAGUCUCCUUCCCCUCCUCAACUGACUGAGGAUCUAGAGAAGGUCCCUGUUGUGCUACAGCCAGAGCAAACAGCCAGUGAAGAGGAGACUCCUCCACCUUUACUUACCAAGGAAGCAUCUUCUCCACCACCUCAUGUACAACUCCAGAGUGGGGAAGACACUGAGCCCAUGGAAGGCCCAGCACCCCCAGUUCUCAUUCAGUUAUCUCCUCCUAAUACAGACACUGAGAGCAGAGAGUUAUUGAUAUCUCAGCAUACUGUCCAGUUGGUAGGAGGCAUGUCUCCUUUGUCAAAACCUGCAGACACCAAAGUAGAAUCUCCAGCAGAGAAAAUGUCAGAAGAUAGUGUCUUGCCUCUAGUUCAGAAAAGCAUACCGGCUGAAUACUCAGCCCAGAAGUUUCUUAAAACUGAAUCAGAAAAAUCUGCUCAGCCACUCCCUCUAACAGUGGAGGAAUUAGCACCGGCCAAAGAGAUCACUGCAGAGUCUCCGCAGCAGCAGUCUUUGGAACAGAAGGAGAGCAUAAGGGUUUCUCAUACUCUUUUCCCAAGCCACAGAUUGAAGCAGUCAGCCGAAUCAUCGUCUAGCCGGUCCUCCUCCUCUUCAUCCUCCAGUUCUAGAUCCAGAUCGCGCUCUCCUGACAGUUCAGGCUCUCAGUCUCACUCAUCUCCACAAUCCAAGCAGAGAGAAGUAUCCCAGACAGGAGUUCAGGCCAACCCUCAUGGUAGACUUAAGACAGGCUCAAGGUUAACAUCAGAGUCCAGGUCCCGUUCCCGAUCCCGUUCAGCAUCAAGCAGCAGCAGAAAAUCUCUGAGCCCUGGAGUCUCCAGGGACAACACCAGCUACACUGAAACCAAAGAUCCCUCUUCUGUUCAAGAGAUUGCAGCUCCACCAGUGCCACAGCUGCAGAUCUUUGAACCAAAGGAGAGGCCUUCCACCUCCUCAUCCUCUAUCUUAAUGAGGCGUAUGAGCCAGCCUGAACCAGCUGAAAAACAUACGACCCAGAGAUUACAGUCUGAGCAGAGGAGCCCAAAGAAGUGUGAAGCUGAAGAGGCAGAGCCACCAGCUGCCACCCAGCCUCAAACCUCAGAGACUCAGACCUCUAAUGUACCAGAAUCAGAAAGGAUUCAUCACACUGUUGAGGAGAAGGAGGAAGUGACCAUGGACACAAGUGAAAAUAGACCUGAAAAUGAGGUUCCAGAGCCUCCUGUGCCUAUUGCAGACCAAGUCAGCAAUGAUGACCGCCCAGAGAGCAGUGCUGAAGAUGAGAAGAAAGAGAGUUUGCUGCCCAAAUCAUUCAAGAGGAAGAUCUCCGUUGUCUCAGCUACCAAGGGAGUACCAGCUGGAAACAGUGACACAGAGGGGGGCCAGCCUGGUCGAAAGCGACGUUGGGGAGCCAGCACAGCCACUACCCAGAAGAAACCCUCCAUCAGUAUCACCACUGAAUCACUCAAGAGCCUCAUCCCCGACAUCAAACCCCUGGCGGGGCAGGAGGCUGUUGUGGAUCUUCAUGCUGAUGACUCUCGCAUCUCUGAGGAUGAAACGGAGCGUAAUGGCGACGAUGGGACCCAUGACAAGGGACUGAAAAUAUGCCGGACGGUCACUCAGGUAGUACCUGCAGAGGGGCAGGAGAAUGGACAAAGGGAAGAAGAGGAAGAAGAGAAGGAGCCUGAAGCAGAACCUCCUGUACCUCCCCAGGUGUCAGUAGAGAUGGCUUUGCCCCCACCUGUAGAACAUGAAGUGAAAAAAGUCACUUUAGGAGAUACCUUAACUCGGCGGUCCAUUAGCCAGCAGAAGUCUGGAGUUUCCAUUACAAUUGAUGACCCAGUCCGAACUGCCCAGGUGCCCUCCCCACCCAGGGGCAAGAUCAGUAAUAUUGUGCAUAUCUCCAAUUUGGUUCGUCCCUUCACUUUAGGCCAACUGAAGGAGUUGUUAGGGCGUACAGGAACCUUGGUGGAAGAGGCCUUCUGGAUUGACAAGAUCAAAUCUCAUUGCUUUGUAACGUAUUCAACUGUAGAGGAAGCCGUUGCCACCCGCACAGCUCUACAUGGGGUCAAAUGGCCCCAGUCCAAUCCCAAAUUCCUUUGUGCUGACUAUGCUGAGCAAGAUGAGCUGGAUUAUCACCGGGGCCUCUUGGUGGACCGUCCCUCUGAAACAAAGGCUGAGGAACAGGGUAUGCCACGACCCCUGCACCCACCACCACCACCCCCAGUCCAGCCACCACCCCAUACGCGGGCAGAGCAGCGGGAGCAAGAGCGAGCUGUGCGAGAACAGUGGGCAGAGCGGGAACGGGAAAUGGAGCGGCGAGAGCGAACUCGAUCAGAGCGUGAAUGGGAUCGGGACAAAGUUCGAGAAGGGCCUCGGUCCAGAUCACGGUCCCGUGACCGCCGCCGCAAGGAACGUGCAAAAUCUAAAGAAAAGAAGAGUGAGAAAAAAGAGAAAACCCAGGAAGAGCCACCUGCUAAGUUACUGGAUGACCUUUUCCGUAAGACUAAGGCAGCUCCUUGCAUCUAUUGGCUCCCAUUGACUGACAGCCAGAUUGUUCAGAAGGAAGCGGAGCGCGCUGAACGGGCCAAGGAGCGGGAGAAGCGGCGGAAGGAACAAGAGGAGGAAGAGCAAAAGGAGCGGGAGAAGGAAGCGGAGCGGGAACGGAACCGACAACUGGAACGGGAGAAACGGCGGGAGCACAGCCGGGAAAGGGACAGGGAGCGAGAAAGAGACAGGGAGCGUGACCGGGGAGACCGAGAUCGGGAUAGGGAAAGAGACCGGGAACGAGGCAGGGAGAGAGAGAGGGAUCGCAGAGAAACCAAGCGCCACAGCAGAAGCCGGAGUCGAAGCACACCUGUUCGGGACCGCGGCGGGCGCCGCUAGCUGGGAAAACACUAGAGAGCUGCAGGUACCAGCCACUCUGCCCCGGGGGGAGGGGGGUUAAGGCCACAGAGGGAUAGGUACAAUCACCACCACCCUGGAACCAAGGGUCUGAAACUUUCACACCAUUGCCCAGUGCUGAAGUAUGACUGCCACUUGCUUCUACACACCAGAUGGAGCAGUGGCCAUCUGUACAAACAUACACACAUCCUCCUUAACCUAACUCCGGGUUUAGCCUUCUGCUUCUCAUUUCCCAUUAAUUCUGAGAGGGAAGAGCUAGGUUAUGGAGGGAGAUGUUUGGCCCGAAGUGGAGAACAGCCACGUGUCCCAGACCUCUCCUUUUCCCUCCAUCAUGCUCAAUGCCUCCCUUGGGUACUCAUAGUCUCUUGGGAACAGCUGGGGCCAGGACUGGGUCACCUAUGAGCUGAAUCAGUCUCCUCCUGAGUCCCGGGGCCCCUGCAGUUCCCAGUCUCUACCCUGCAGCUUUUGCCUCUUGCCCACUGGUUCCACUUUAUAUCUACCUUUUCCUUUUGUUCAAUUUUUAUUUUUAUUUUUUUUAUUAUUAAAUGAUGUGGUCUAUGGAAAAAUAAAAUAAA